UUGCCAUGGUAACCGUUACAACAACUGUGGCAGCAACAGAUGCUAGUCCACCUCUCCACAACUAAAAGUUAAUGAUUUCAGCUUCCAGACACACUUUUGAUAUCACAAUUAAAAGGAAAAAUGGCAGCUAAUUUACAGGCACAACACGAGACGCAGAGCGGAGUUUACACGUUUUCCAGCCGUCCGCGUGCGGUUCCCAACCGCCCCAAAUACAGAGCCGAUCCGCUGCUAAAUGAAGAAGAGAGCAGUUAUGGAAACAUCAUGUAUGACCGACGUGUUGUCAGAGGAAAUACAUAUGCUCAACAUAUCCUACCCAUUACAUCUCAGCCCGAUCCAGUGGAGUUCCUGAGACAGCAGGAGGUCAGAAGAAGAGCGAUGUCCAGAAAACGGAUGAAGGAGCAGUUUGGCCCCAAAACACCAGAACCACUAGAGGGCAGAAAGAACAUAGAUUUGCAGACAGAGAUGUAUCUGGAAGAGCUGAGCGAUCGUGUAGAGGACGUCAGCGUGGAAUGCCAAACAGACAUGUUCCUGGACAAACCAGCCACUCCCCUCUUCGUCCCAGCCAAAACCGGACGCGAUGCAGCCACACAGAUAGAAGAGGGAGAGCUGUUUGAUUUUGACAUGGAGGUCCGGCCCGUGCUGCAGGUGUUGGUGGGGAAGACGAUAGAGCAGGCAUUGCUGGAAGUGCUGGAGGAGGAGGAGCUGGCUAACCUGAGGGCCCAGCAGCAGACAUUCAAGGAGAUCCGUGACGCUGAGCUGGUGGAGGUGCAGAGGCUAGAGGAGAGGGAACGGCGCCUCCGUGUGGAGAAGGAGAACCGGAUAAAGCAGCAGAAGGCAGUGCUGGAAAAAGAGAAGGAGACAGCAGAUAAAAUUGCUGCCAGAGCAUUUGCUCAACAGUAUUUGUCUGACUUGUUGCCCUCAGUCUAUUCCAAUCUGAGGGAUUGUGGGUACUUCUAUGACCCUGUGCAGAGAGAUAUCGAGACCGAAUUCCUCCCUUGGCUGAUGGAAGAAGUCAGCAAUACUUUAGAACAGAGAUAUGUAGCAAGAACAGUGCUUGACAUGCUCAUUCAAGAUGUCACUAACCAAAGAUCUGAGGCCUUUCAGAUGAAAGAAUGAAUGAUUUCCAUUAGAGGUAAACAGGAUGAAACAUUUAAUCACUCUAACACAUUUGUCAAAUUAAAAUCUGUUUAUGUAAUGUCAGUUUAAUUAAAUAGUUGAGGCGAAGAAUUAACCUUAUAGUCUAUUCUCAUUUCAGGUCAUACCAGGAAACCAGAAAGAUGCUGGAAAAUAGUAAAGGGUUCACACAUUCUUUAUAAAAAUCUAAUUAAUAUUCAUGUCAUUAUA